AUGGCUACGGACGGACGCACGAAGCGCUCACAAUCCAUCUGCGCGCCAGCUUCCGCGAGUAUGGAAGCAUUGGCUGCGCCUAUAGAAACCACGCCAGCUCCUCGAAGACGACCAGCCGCACGAUCACAAUCGGCCAGGAUAACUGGUGGACGCUCUGUAAGACAAAGACGGCAACAGCAACAGCAGCAACAGUUAGAUAGAGAGACCAGGGCAAGGUAUAGCUCCGAACCGCGUUUAGCCGAAGCAGAGACUCCGCCACAAGUACGUAGGCAGGCGUCCGCGAGGCGCAGGCCGCCAGCUGGUCAGCACAGCCAACCAAGGCGGUCCAACGCCUUCCUAGAUGUCCCCAAACCACACCAGCCAUCUGCGGAGGAGGAACCAGACGAAGACUCGUACAGACUACGAUCAUUCAACGUCACGCAAAAAGGAGGUCAGUGCUACGUUCAUUCACCCUGUUCUAAAAUUAAUUUGGAGUUUUAA